GUCACUGACUGUCCCCUGCACAACCAAGCAACCAGCCAAGCCCUUCUCACGGCAGCCAAGCAGUCGAUCUUCUUGAGUUGCAUGUUGCCGUGACAAUAUGGGACUCGCCAAGGGAAUCGUGGGCUUCCCUCGCCUGCUUCUGGCAGGGAGUCCCACAAAGAUCGACAUAUUGAUGCUCCUUGGGGGUAUGCUGUCUGCAAUAGCAUCGGGCGUGCCAUUUCCCCUGAUCGGAAUAGUAUUCGGUCAACUUCUCAACGACUUCAACGACGUCACCUGCGACGAGGCCGCCGAUGCAUCCACUUCAGAUUCCGACGCCGCCUACCAGAGCAGCAUCAACAGCAAGAUCCUGCUGAUCUUCUACCUGGCCAUCGCCCAGUUUGUCUUAAUCUAUGGCCACCUGCUCUGCUGGAGCCUGACGGGCGCCCGGCUCGCCCAGAGGCUGCGGGAGAGAUACCUCCAGAACCUGCUUCGUCAGGAGCCGUCCUACUUCGACAAGCUACCCACCGGCGAGGUAGCGUCCCGGCUGAGCAGCGAUAUUUCGACCAUCCGUUCUGGCACUUCAGAAAAGGUUGGAAUAUGUCUUGCCAGUUUCUCCUUCUUCGUGACCGCGUACAUCGUGGCCUUCAUCAAGAACUGGGAGCUGGCUGCUAUGCUGCUCUCACUCAUCCCGGCCUACUUCAUCAUGUCCUUCGUCGGCAGCUACUACAUUGAGAAGUACUCCGGACUCAUGUCAGACUACGCCGCCACCGCUUCGUCCAUUGCGUCUGAGGCGCUGUCCAAUACCGUUGUGGUUCAGGCGUUUGGGGCCAACAAGCGCCUUGAGACCAAGUUCUCGAAUGCACUGAAGUCUUCUGAGCGGGAGGGGUUGAAGAAGGCAACGGCGACGGGUAUCCAGGCUGGUGUUCUGUACUUUGUGGCAUACUCGGCCAACGGUCUUGCAUUCUGGCAGGGCGCUCAACGUAUUGCAGACUCGGUGUCCAGCGGUACAGAUGGCACCACUGUCGGUGCUACAUUCACCGUGAUUUUCAUUCUUGUCGAGGCUACAUUACUUCUAAGCCAAGUCGCGCCAUUCAUUCACCUAUUCACUGCCGCAGUUGCUUCGUACGAGAAGCUGCGCGAGGACAUCAACCGCGAACCAUCAUACGAUGGUACAACGGAUGCGGGAGUUCGUAUCGAACAGGCCGAUGGCAGUUUUGAGUUCCGCGAUGUCUCCUUUGCGUAUCCAUCCAGGCCAGAGGUGACCGUCCUUGACCAUGUCAGCAUCCGUAUCCCGGCAAAGAAGCACACCGCCAUCAUUGGUCUCUCCGGAAGUGGCAAGUCAACUAUUGCAGGUCUCGCGAUGAGAUUGUAUGAUCCUGCUGAGGGACAAAUCCUGUUCGACGAUCGGAGUCUGCAUGAUAUCAACACCCGUGACUUGAGGAGUUUCGUCAGUCUGGUCCAGCAAGAACCGUCUCUACUUGACAGGACCAUCCUUGAGAAUAUCGCGCACGGCUUAAUCAACUCAAGCAACCCCAAGCAUGCCCACCUUAAGGCGGCUUUAAUUGGAUCCGAUCUUUCCGAGAUCGCCAACGAAGUGAGGGACGGCCAGGAUCUGAUGGCGGCAGCCGAGAAGCGAGGCGCAGAAAUGGUCGAGAUUGUCAAUCUGGUUAAACACGCAGCUAUGCUUGCAGACGCAAGUUCGUUCAUCGAGGGGCUACAAUAUGGAUAUGCCACGCUCGUUGGGUCCAUGGGGCGUCUUGUCAGUGGUGGUCAAAAGCAGCGAGUUGCACUGGCCAGGGCACUUGUCAAAGAGCCAGCUGUUUUGAUCCUCGACGAGGCCACCGCGGCAUUGGACUCAAGGAGUGAACAGCGUAUCAUGAAAGCCAUCAACAACAUUGCCAACGGCAGGACGGUGCUCACGAUCGCUCAUCGCCUGUCGACUAUCACAAACGCGGACAACAUUAUCGUGAUGCACAAGGGACACGUCGUAGAGGAGGGAAAUCAUUCCGAGUUGAUGGCUAAGAAGGGUACAUAUGCCGACUUGGUCAGCAUGCAAGCCCUGGGUACCCCUUCUUCGAAGAGUGAUGCUUUGGGCAAUGAUUCAACCGGAGGCAAAGAUGACCACGUCUCCCUGACCGAGACCCUGAUCGAGAACGAUGCUCCAGCAAGUAACGACAACGAGAGCACCAGGGAGAAGACCGGCCAGGACACCCCAUCUGAAGGAGAAGAGGAGGAGCCAGAGACACCAUCCAAGUCGUUAUGGGCCUUAUGCAAGGGCUACGCCCCAGCCCUGAGGCCCCACCUGCUGGUCCUCUUCGUCGCUCUUCUUGGCUCCAUCAUCGUAGGUGGCGCCUUCUCAGGGGAGGCUGUCAUAUUCGGCAACACGGUCGGCAGCCUGAACAUAUGCAAGAGUGCUUCCAGCAUCCGGGAUGCGGGCAACUUUUUUGGACUCAUGUUCUUCGUGCUCGCAAUCAUCGAGUUCUUCGCCAAUGUCAUGAGCUGGUCCGGCUUCGGCUGGGUGUCCGAGCACAUCGUCUACUCUGUUCGUGUCUUGUCUUUCCGCUCGCUCUUUGAACAGGACUUGCAGUGGCACCAGUCAAACAAUCGUACGCCGGCACUACUCCUCUCGUACAUCACGCGGGAUGGCAAUGCCCUGGCCGGUCUGAGUGGUUCUGUCCUUGGCACGAUGAUCUCGAUCACGGUCAACCUCGUCGCCGCAAUCAUCCUGACGCACAUCAUCGCCUGGAGGAUCGCCCUGGUCUGCCUCUCCCUAGUCCCCCUUCUACUCGGCGCUGGCAUGAUGGAACUCCACGUCCUGGGCCAAUUCGAAGAAAAGCACGAGACAGCCUACACAAAAUCCGUUGAUAUCGGCACCGAGGCAAUCACAAACAUCAAGACCGUCGCGGCCUUGUCCCUUGAAGAGGAGAUCCUGAGCGACUACCGCCGGUCCCUCAAGGGCCCCCGCCAGGAGACACUCAAGGUCACCCUGCAGGCCAGCCUGUGCCAGGCCGUCACCUACUUCCUGGGCAACUGUGUCAACGCGCUGGCGUACUGGUGGGGCGCCAAGCAGAUCAUCGCAGGCAACUACACCCAAACGCAAUUCCUCAUCGUUGUCUUCUCGCUGCUCGUCAGCGCCCUGCUCUUCAGUCAGAUGUUCGCCCUCGCGCCGGAGCUUUCGAGCGCCCGUGCUGCAGCGGCCAGGAUUCUGGGCCUGAUUGAGAUCGGGUCUGACGGCAUGAAGGGUAAGAUUAAGGAUACUCCUCGAGCCAACCAGGACGUCGAAGCGGACGGUGAGAAGUCCACGUCUUCCUCCCCGAACUCUCAGCGUCGAGCGACGGCUGCAAGCGUACAGUUCCGCGACGUACACUUCGCAUACCCGGCGCGGCCAGACUUCGAGGUCCUUAGCGGGCUGAGCAUGGACAUCAAGCCAGGCCAGUUCUGUGCGCUCGUAGGCCCCAGCGGCGCAGGGAAGUCGACUAUCAUCUCGCUCGUGGAGCGUCUGUACACGCCCUCGUCGGGCUCCAUCCUCGUCAACGGCGCCGACGUCACCCGCGCCCGGGACGUGGCAUUCAGGGAUGAUAUUUCGCUCGUGCCGCAGGAGAGCGUCCUCUUCGAAGGCACCGUGCGCUUCAACAUCGGGCUUGGCGCACGGCCCGGCCAGGAGGCGAGCCAGGCUGAUAUCGAGGACGCGUGCAAGCUUGCCAAUAUCCACGAUGUUAUCAUGGCUCUGCCGGACGGUUACGACACCCUCUGCGGCCCCAACGGUAGCCAGUUUUCCGGCGGGCAGCGGCAACGGUUGUCGAUUGCUAGGGCGCUGGUGAGGAAGCCUGGCCUGCUCAUCCUUGACGAGCCGACGAGUGCACUGGAUGCUGAGUCCGAGAAGCUGCUGCAAGAGGGCCUGGAGAAGGCCGCUAGAGGUGUCACUGUCAUUGCCAUCGCGCAUCGCCUGCAUACCAUCAGGAAGGCCAACCGCAUAUUCUUGAUCGAGGCCGGAAAGUGUGUUGAUUCAGGAUCACAUGAGGAUUUGCUGGAGAGGUCGGCCAGUUACCGGGCUAAUGUGAUGCACCAGACUGUAGCUACGUGA